AUGAGGCAGAAAUUCUAUGUAUCAAGCUUGCGUGUGCUGGUGCGUGGCGUAACAAGGCGUUGUACAUUUUGCAAGAUUCAAAGAGCCGAACCGAAGAGUCCAGGAAUGGCUCCUCUUCCUGUGGCGCGAAUAACUCCGUAUGAACGGUCAUUCUCCCAAGUAGGCAUCGGUUAUUUUGGAACAUUCGCCAUCAAGGUUCAACGAAGCAACGUAAAAAGGUGGGUAGGCUUGUUUACAUGCCUGGUUACCCGCGCAGUGCUUUUAGAAGUAGUGGCGUCAUUGUCCACGGAAUCGUGCAAGUUAGCAUUGCGGCGGUUUAUAGAUCGACGGGGUGUGCCAACUGAAAUCUACACCGAUAAUGGGACAAAUUUUCAAGGAACGUGUCGAGAGUUAACCAAGCAAAUGACCACUGUGAAUACAGGGUUAGCGGAGACGUUUACCGAUGCCAACACCAAGUGGUCGUUCAUUCCGCCGGCCUCUCCACAUAUGGGAGGAGCGUGGGAGCGCAUGGUGCGAUCUGUCAAGGCAGCUAUGGAUGGAAUACGUCAUCUGCGGGCGCCCACUGAGGAAGUAUUCCAAACACUGUGUACAGAAGCUGAAUCAAUGGUGAAUUCUAGACCUCUAACAUACAUACCGCUGGAUGGCUCGGACCAAGAAGCCUUAACUCCCAACCAUUUUCUUUUGUUGAGUUCUUCGGGGUGGAUUCGCGAGUAUCUACCUACCAUCACCAGGAGAACAAAAUGGUUCGAGGACGUUCAACCGAUAGCAGAAGGCUCGCUGGUGUUCAUCGUAAACGAAAAGGAACGUAAUAGCUGGGUACGAGGUAAAGUGGUUAAGCUGAUUUCCGGAGCAGAUGGACGAAUCAGACAAGCUGAUGUGCAAGUGGCUACAGGAGGAGUUCUGCGACGAGCAGUAGCGAAGUUAGCAGUGCUAGAUGUGCUGCAAAGUGGUAAGGCUGCCAGAGCCGGGCAUCCUUACGGGUCGGGGAAUGUAAGCACUGGCAACACGGACGGUCACAUGGCUAUGUGUGCAAUAGAUGGUGGCAAUCAGGAUCACCCUUAG